CGCUGCGCGCCUGCGCACGGAGCUACCGCGCGGAACGUGCCUCUUUCCUGGCCUGGACCUGCUGGAUGGAAGAUCUCGGGUGCUCGGCUGCAGGGUUGCCGGGGCCAGAGGCGGCCGUGCCCGCCGUGCCCGCGGCGCCCUCCCUGGUGGACCGGUACUUCACUCGCUGGUACAAGGCGGAUGUUAAAGGGAAACCCUGUGAGGACCACUGUGUGCUACAGCACUCCAACCGGAUAUGUGUCAUCACGCUGGCAGGAUCUCAUCCCGUUCUUCAGAGUGGCAAAACUAUCCAAAGUAUUUCCUAUCAGAUCAGUACCAACUGCAGCAGACUUCAGAACAAAGUAUCUGGGAAAUUUAAGCGGGGGGCACAGUUUUUAACAGAGCUCGCACCUCUGUGUAAAAUUCACUGCUCCGAUGGAGAAGAGUACACCAUAUCUAGCUGUAUUAGAGGCCGGUUGAUGGAAGUGAAUGAAAAUAUUCUUCAUCGGCCGUCUCUUCUUCAAGAAAAGCCCUCCACUGAAGGCUACAUUGCAGUUGUGUUACCCAAAUUUGAAGAAAGUAAAAGCAUAACAGAAGGGUUACUGACGCAGCAACAGUAUGAAGAGGUCGUAGUAAAAAGAAAUAAUGCUGCAGCCACGCCUUGAGCCCUGAGUGGAGACAGCAUAGGAUCCUCGCCCUGCCUGGCCUCAGCCACCGCGGCACUGAAGAAAGCAAGUGUAUCUGAAGUAUUCCUCGCACAUGGCCACAGGAGAAGCCUAACUCUUCAUCUAACCUACUUCCCCUCCUUUGUCCUGACACCACAAGCCUUGGUCCCCAUCUGUAGUCCAGCUCUCAGAUCUGCCUUGCCUGGGUACCCGCUUUGGGUGUUGGGAAGUGCAGUCGUGGGUGUUUGCUUGCAUAUGUACAUCAGAAAACAACUUUGGAUGUGCUUUUUACCUUUUGCUAGACAGGCUCCCGUUGCCUUAGAACUUUGCCAAGAACCUCCAGGGAGGCACCCAUCACCUCUGCCUCCCAUCUUGCAAGGCUAGUAUUACAAGUGCACACUCCAUAGCCAGCUUUUAUGUGGGCCAGAAACCCCAAACUCAGGUCUUCGCGUGUUCAAGGUGUACUACUUUUCAAUUCCUGUGAUAAAAUACCAUAGCCAAAAGCAAUCCAACAGGAGUUUACGUGGGUUUGUGGUUCUAGAGUACUAGAUGUCCACCCCAGUAGGAAGGAAUGGUACAAGAGUGGGGCGCGGAGAGAGCGCAGAAAGCAGAGAGAGAAUGGCAGUCGGGUAAGGCUGCUCACUGCCCCUGGUGACGUCAUUUCCCCAGCGAGACGUCUUGUCCUGAAGGUUCCACAAACCGGGGACCAGCUGUUCCAACACGUAAGUCUGUGGGGGUUUUUAAAAAUCUACAACAUUCUUCUCAUGAUCCCUAAAGGACCAUAGCAUGUCACGCAAAAUGCAGUUAAUCCAGUAUCAAAAAUCCCCAUAGCCAUUCCUGUUAUGAGGUCCAAAGUCUCCUCUAAGACUAAAUGCAGUCUCCUGUGUCCCCCGGUAAAUCAAAAGAUCGGUUUCAUGCUUCCCACAUAGAGUGGCACGGAAUGCGCGCUCCCACCCCAAAAGGAAGGAUGGGCAUAGUGAGGAAAUAUUGAACCAAAGCAAACCCUGCACUGCGUGUCCACUGUCGGGGUUUGGCUUCAAAGGGAUUAGUUGACGGCCCCUCCAGCAUUGCUGCCUGCACCGUAGGUAUUUGUUGCAUGGCUCUGCUGUGCACAGCUCUCCUUGGCAAGAUGUUUCACAUGCUCAUUUUCAUUGGCCAAGGUUGCACUACCUUAAAUAUCUAAUGCCAGAAAAAGUAGUCCAUUACUUUGAUUCAACUUCAUGUCAGUUCUCAGGACUUGGGUAAAAAGUAACCAGAUUCUUUGUCAAAGGAUCACUUAAAUGGAAAUUGCCUCUAGCCACUUUGCUAAUAGAGACAUUGUUUCUCUCCAAAACCUAGGAGACAGGCCUCUACUGUUUACAUUUCCUGCAACACUCUAGUCUUCUAGGUUCAAAACAGAAAAUCUUGUUUCACGAUGCUCAUUAUUCAACCAUUUUUCUGGCCUAAACUUCCAGUCUUCUAUGUUCUUCCAAAAAACAACAGGGUCAUGCCGGGCAGUGGUGGUGCACGCCUUUAAUCCCAGCACUCGGGAGGCAGAGGCAGGCGGAUCUCUGUGAGUUCGAGACCAGCCUGGUCUACAUAGUGAGUUCCAGGACAGGCUCCAAAGCCACAGAGAAACCCUGUUUGGGGGGAAAAACGUGGUCACAUUUUUUUUUUCUCACAACAACCUGACUUCUUGGUACCAAGGUCUAUAUUAGUUACCUAUCUGUUGCUGUGCUAAAACACCAUGACCAAACCAACUAAAGAGGUUUUCUUGGCUUGUAGUUCCAGGGGGCUAGAUGUCCAUGGCAGCAGACCCCAAGACCACCACGUACUGGAGGCACACAGUGAUGUGGGAAUGGAUCAAGGUUAUAAACUCUAACCCUGCCCUGGUGACACACCUCAUCCAGCAAGUCACUACACCCUAAAGCUUGUAACAUUCCCUACAGUGCCACCAGCUAGGGACCAAGUGCUCUGAAUCCAUGGGACCAUGGGGAACAUUUCUCCUUCAAUCUACAACAAGAGGCAAGCUUUACUGACUAAAACCAUCUCCCUAGCCCCAACUCUCUUCCUCUCAUUUCUCUAAGAAAUGGCAAACAAAACAAGGAAUAUUUUUCUGAUUAAAAACAAAGCUCUUGAGAAACAUUUUGAACAGCUUUGCAUUCCUAUAACCUGGGAGUAAGUAAGUAGCGCCUGUUACCACAGUUCCUACUUGAAUGCUGUGGCACACUUACUGCUUCUGCCUCAAAAAAUUUUAAUGUGUUUUCCCAUAUAUAUGCAUGUGCAUUAUAUUCAUGCAAUGCCUGUAGAUGCCAAAAGAAGACAUCAGAGUUCUUGGAAGCACAGAUGGUUGUGAGCCACGCUAGGAAGUGAACCCAGGCACCAUGGAGAGCAGCCGGUGCUCUUAAUCUCUAAGCCAUCUCUCCAGCCCCUUGCCUUAAUUAUUAAUAAUUUAAUACUUUGUUAAAAGUAACUGUCCAUCCCUCCCGAAUCUGCUUCAAAGCGCGAUGAGAAAGCCCAGCCUUGUUUCUUCUGCUGUGGCUUCUUCCCUCUAGGUUGCUGGAGAAACGGGAACGUGAGUCUGCCUUCUACUCGACAUGGAAACGCUUUGAAAGUGUGCGAGGGCUCUACUAGCAAACGGGAGACUUGAGCUGCAGUGUGGAGCUGGCUCCCGCCUGCGCGUGGAGGUGACUCCAUCUUGCACAUUUUAUGGACAGCUAGUUUGUAGUAGUGAAGGUAUGCGAGUCUGUCAUCUGGAGGCACAGAUCUUAGUGCAGAGCAAGGGUUUUACAUUGUCUAAUUAGAAAAAUCAGCUCUGAAGUUCUGGUUUGAAAUUAGACGUUUACACUGAAUUUAAAACAAAAAGACUUUAAAUCAUGAAGAUUUGUUAAGAGCUGCAACAAGUAGUAACUGUUAGUCAUUUCCCUGGUUUGGGGGGGGGGUUUGUUUUGUUUUGUUUUGUUGGUUUUUCAAGACAGGAUUUCUCUGUAUUGCUUUGGAGCCUGUCCUGGAACUUACUCUUGAACUCACAGAGAUCUGCCUGCCUCUGUCUCCCGAGUGCUGGGAUUAAAGGUGUGUACCACCAACGCCCAGCUCAUUUCCCUGUUUUUAAAAAUUUCAUGUGCAACCAAGCAGAGUUUAUUGAGAAGAAAGAAGUAGCUCCCUGUAACCUGGAGGUGAUUAAAACCAAAUUUCCGUUAAAUAAAGUAGUUUUAUACAGA